AUGGCAAAGAGCGACCAGUACUUCCCCAACGCAGAAUUGUGGGAUCCGCACCGAUGGGAAAGCAUGGCGGAUCCGAAGGACGAGGAGAGAGAGAAGAUGGAUUACGGAUACGGUCUCGUGUCUACCGGAGCCGAUAGCACGUACCUGCCCUUUGGCGCGGGCAGGCAUAGGUGCAUUGGCGAGCAGUUUGCGUAUUUGCAAUUGAGUAUUGUUCUGAUUGUUACGGUGCGGGAGUUCAGGUUGAGGAAUGAAGAUGGUAAGGAGGGCGUUGUAGCUACGGAUUACUCGGUGAGUGGCCGCUUUGUGCCCGUUAUGCGGUUUUGGCGAACGUUUGUCCAGUCAUUAUUUUCUCGCCCCAUGGAACCAGCGCGAGUGAAGUGGGAGAGGCGCAAUGGAUGCUCUUGA